CACCGGCUAACAUGCUAGUUUAAUUGAAUGGGAGAGUCUGUUGGUGUAAAUAAAUGUUUAUACAAAGCUUAAAAAGUACGAAUGAAUGUUUUCUACAACAGGGCACUCAAGAUGAUAUGCUGCUGAAACUGGACCGGUUGGUACAAAGAGCUGUUCCAUGGCGUUUCCUCAGCCCAGACCUCAGGCUCCGCAGCUUCCUCAACAUCUCCUGAGGACCAUAGACUGUCAGCAAGGAGCCGUCAGAGCUGUCCGCUUCAACGUUGAUGGAAACUACCUUCUUUCCUGCGGCAGUGAUAAGUCUCUAAAGCUGUGGACUGUGAGUCGAGGGACGUUACUGAAGACGUACAGUGGCCAUGGAUACGAGGUUCUGGAUGCUGACGGUUCCUACGACAACAGUCAGCUCUGCUCCUGCAGCUCAGAUAAAACUGUCAUCUUAUGGGACGUCGCCACAGGACAAGUCACACGGAAACUCAGAGGUCACGCAGGGAAAGUCAACUGCGUCCAAUUUAAUGAGGAAGCAACUGUCAUCCUGUCUGGGUCCAUAGAUGGGACAGUGCGGUGCUGGGACACCAGGUCCCGCAGGUUUGAGCCCAUCCAGGUUUUAGACGAGGCCCGGGACAGCAUCAGCAGUCUGAAGGUGGCGCAACAUGAGCUGCUAACAGGGUCAGUGGAUGGAAGAGUGAGGCGCUACGACCUGAGGAUGGGACAGCUGCAUGUGGACUUCAUCGACAGUCCCAUCACCUGUGUGUGUUUCAGUCAGGAUGGACAGUGCACACUGAGCUCCAGUCUGGACUCAGCAGUCCGACUGUUGGAUAAAAGCACCGGAGAAAUGUUGGGAGAGUACAAAGGACACAAGAUGAAGGGCUACAAGCUGGACUGUUGUCUGUCCAGUAAAGACACUCAUGUGUUGAGCUGCUCAGAGGACGGUCACGUCUACUGCUGGGACCUGGUCGAGGGGUCUUUGUCGUUGAAACUGCCCGUGGGAAAAGCUGUGGUCCAGUCACUGUCGUUCCACCCGUCAGAGACCCGCCUCCUGACGGCCAUGGAGGGCCGGGUCCAGGUCUGGGGUUCAGAACCAGAGGAGACGAUGGACGAUCCGACGCAAACGUAGAAACGGUGGAAGUAGAUGAGACGCAUUCACUGCAAACACCCAAAAGGACGGUUUCCUAUUUCCCCUUAUGCAUAUGUGAGUGCAAACGUCACUGAGGCUGAAAAUAUCUGGUGUUUUAUGUCAAAGGGACAAAGAAAAGAACACAUUCAUGAGAAAUCUGGUCAUUAAUCAGAAAAAAGAACUGUCACUGUUUGAGGGAAAAUCCUAACACAGAACUACAGCCACACAAACACUGGUCAGUUUGAUUAGUUUUAUUGUUUUUUUGUUGUUGUUGUUAGUUUAAUAGAUAAUUGGUUCUGUUUACACGAAUGCUAAAUAUGCAUGAUCAAAGUCCUUUAAUUAUAAUUAAACCAGUUAAUUAGACGUCAGCUCCACAUACAGUGUUUGUUUUGCGGCAGAGAUGUAUUUUUAUACAAACUAAAUAAACAUUAUCAUUUAAAUAAUAUUAUAAUGAUGUCAUUUGUCUCUUUAUGUAGAUGACACUCAACAAGAAACUGUAGUUUUGUCAGGUUUGGAUUUAUUAGGAAUUGUACAAACAAUGAAAAAAAGAGAUAAAAACAUAAAAUAAUUUAAUCAGCACGGCAAUAGAAUGGCAUCAAAUAAAUAAAUAACUUAUCUUACAUAAAUACAAUCUUGGAUGGACCGGGUCUGCAGAGUGGAGCUACAUGGAUUCCAACACAAACACAAUCUACGUUUGUAUUUUCCUCCAAAAAUUGCACAAAAGACAAAUACAGAUUCAAAUAAAUACA